UCUUCAGGUGAUCUUCCUGGUGGUUCGGUGCUGUCAGAUCAGCAAACGGACCUGGAGGCAAAUGGCAAAAGUUGAGCUGACCCCGCUCAGACAGUGGGAUGACUUCUUCCCCGGUUGGGAAAGAUUCGCCAAAUCAGAUGUGAAAGACUUGGCGAAAUGGAACAACAGAGUUGUCAGCAACCUGCUUUAUUAUCAGACUAAUUAUCUGCUUUUAGCCGUCGCUGUUUUCCUCAUCGUCGGGUUCCUGAACCCCGUGGGGAUGUUCACAGCCAUGGUUGUGGUGUCGUGCGUCUUCGUGUGUUCAGUGUGGGCUGGAGAGAACAGAGCUGUAAUCAACAACUUUAAGAGGGAGAAUCCUGCAGCGUUUAUUGUCGCUGUCAUGCUCGCCAGCUACAUCUUAAUUUCUAUGCUGGGGAGUGUCAUGGUGUUCAUGUCGGCAAUCACUUUACCUCUGGCUUUGAUAUUUGCACAUGCUUCAUUUCGCCUCCGCAACAUGAAGAACAAACUGGAGAACAAGAUCGAAGGCGCUGGACUGAAGAGGUCUCCGAUGGGCAUUUUGCUGGAGGCGCUGGGUCAGCAAGAAGAGAACUUUCAAAAGAUCCAGAGCUUUCUGGAGGGAAAACUGAAGGAGUGAUUGGACUUGGAAAGGAGCACACAUGUCCACGUUUUGGCCAAAGAUCUUGACUUUUUUCCUUAGAUGUAACACAUCUGUGUAUCUCUCAGUCUAAACCUCUUAAAACAUGUUUCAUAUACAGUGUACCCUUGUGUGUUUUUGAAACGAAUGUUUGUUGUUUGUCUGAACUGGUUUAUCUUUACCUCUGGGUUAUCUGUCAUUCCACCCAGAACUUGUCAGGGCGCUUUUCUCGAGCAGCGAUGACGGCAUCUCAGGCCUGCCUCACAUCCCUGCCAUGUGUCAGCGCUCAGCACAGCUGCACGCGCGCUCCUCGGUGCGAAAUCUGUAUUUAAUCAGCCUCAGAAACAGCCGUCAGUCCUGCCAGUUUACGCUCAACUAAAAUUGUGAAAGCAAUGCAAGUGUUGCCUUUUAACUGAGAAUAAAAAAGUGCACACUCAACACACAACACUGCCAAGAUACUGUAAAAGGCUGGAUUGUCUCCUCACAUAAAACAUUAACAGUUUACUUAAGUACAUAUUUGAACAGAAACUAACCAACAUUAUGUUCAUGCAAAUAAAAAGAGCCAGACA